UCUAUCACAGAGAGGCAGGCCAACAGUGCAGCCUUCUCGCCUUCCGCACACACACACACAUAAACAAACACACAUGCAUUGCACACACACAGAGAGACUGAGGCAAGAGGAGGGGAAGAGGCCACAAAUUCAGAAGCAAAGAGCAGCGAGACAGGAUGGAAGCUGAGAAGAGACAGGAUUUAAAGACAAUGGAUGUUAAAUUAAUGUUGUAACUGGAAACGGGUAUGAUGAGCUUCAGUUUGAACGGCUUACCAGAGAACUGGAAGAAGAGAGACAGAUUGUGGCCAAUCAACUGGAGCGAUGCAGGCUGGGGGCGGAGUCUCCAGAUGCUCCGAGUGACAGCUCUUCUGAGAAGUCUCUUCUGUGGAGAUCUGCAGGUAUUUAUGUUUUGUUCUAUUCCUGCUUGUUAUUUUUUCUUGUCACCUGUAUAUAAGUGUUAACGGAACUAUGAUAUUUUAGACAGCGCUGCAGUCAGAUACAUACAGCACAGAUCACAUAGUCUAGCUUGGAACAAUGACUCUCAGAUGGUUGAGCUGAUUUUUGUACUCAAGGCUCUCUGAAGCAUUUAAAGGACAUUUGAAUGUAAUUGAGUGUAAAUAUUUUCCUGACCUAUCUUUCUCAGUGUCUUAUGGUUUAGUUACAGUAUCCCAAAGCUGCACUAUGUUGGCUAUGAUAUUGUACGAUAUUAUAUUAUAAUACUUGGUAUUUUUAAUGUAACAUUGAUAGCACAAGAACUGUGCCAAGAACUCUUUUACUCUUGACAAACACUGUGUUGAGGGUUCUGGACUUUUUCUUUUUAUUCUGUUCUAAAAAAAGACAUCAGACGCCGCGGUCUUGUGAUCCGGUCACCAAACCUAAUGAACAAUAUCCCAUGAAUUAUUCCACUGAACUACAUUUGAAAUCUCAUUUUCUCUCUCCAAAUCCUCACAGGGCAGCUAAAACGGUUUUCUACCCUUUUCUUCAGUUUUAGCUCCUAUUGUCAUCUCUUACUGUGAGAAUGUCUUUAAAGUAUGGAAACACAAUAGACCAGACACCUUAUUUUUCUGUAAAAUUGGAAAGCAUUUUACAUUAUCUGUCACUGGUUUUCUGUUGGGUGAAUGAUGGCAUAUUUUAGGUUAAUUCUCCCUCUAAGUGUGUCAAGGGAUGAAGGUAACUGUAUCUUGAUCAUUUUCUCAAAUACUUAAACCUGCUCACAGUGUGAUAACCAUUUGGUCAUCAGAAUCCUCAGGUGCAGGUGUGUCUAAGCCGUCGGAUGGUUGCUCCUCGCCCACAUUUGGGGUCAGAGGUCAGGGGUUACUUUACUCUCCUGAAUUGGAACAGAUCUCCCUGCGUGAAAGUGAGGGUCUGUUCAUUCACACUCCAUAUUGCCUUCUGUCUCUUCUGUGUCAACAUUUAUUUUCAUGACGUCUUUAUGCAAUCUUCCAAGUUGAAUACAGCUGAAGAUCUAUGGGCAGCAUCUGUGGCCUACUGUUGAUUACCACAGAAAAUAGUGUGUCUCUCAGUUUAUACAUUACUGUUCAGAGGAUGUUUUUAUGCUUUGGAAAGAUGUUUCUUAUUCUUACCAAGGCUGUGUUUAUUUGAUGAACAUACAGUAAAAUCGGUAAGAUUGUGAAAUUACAAUUUCAGUUUAGUAUGAAGACAAAGCAAGGCUGAAUUAUCAGCAGCCAUUACUCAAGUCUUCACUGCCACAUGAUUCUUCAUAAAUCUUUCUAAUAUGCUGAUUUGUUAUUAAAGUUCAAAAGAACAACAUUUAUUUGAAAUACAAAUCUUUUGGGAUAUUGUAAAUGUCCUCAGUGUCAGUUUUAGAUGCAUUUAAUGAUUCCUUGUGACAGUAAAAAGUCUUUAUACACCUACAUUGGAAACCUAGCUGGGAUGCACUUGCAUUUCAUAAGCUAAUUACAUUUGCAAUCCUUUUGAAGCAGACCACUUUUAUAGGUGGAUGAAAGUCUGGUUAUGUUUUUCUGAUGAAAUACUUGUUAAUGAAGUUUGCUCCAUGCAAAAGUAUUUUCACUUGUCCAGAAGCUGUCUUUUUAUUACUGUGCACACAGUGUAGAAAGCAAAUACCAGGUUAUUUUGUUGCUGGUUGAAGGAUUGGAACUUUGAAAUAAAUAAAUAUUUUAACUUUUUUAAAUUCCUCAGACUGGAGUACUGUAUUAAUACUAUUUCAUCCAGUGGUAUGGCAUCUUCGCAAUAUGUUACUGCUGCUUUUGGUCAAGAAACACUUCUGGUGUUAAAGGUGCUAUGGUUAUACAGCUAGCCUGGUAGGCUUCUACUUUAAGAGAUUUACUGUGUAUAUUAGGGCUUUUACAGUAUUAAGAUGUAAGUAGAUUAUACCAGUAUCUGUAAAUAUGAUAACUCUCACUGAGCAUACUAAAUAAUUAAAUAUCAAUAUCAUUAUAAACCAAUAAAAAUAAAACAAUGCGGCAUGCAGCCUUCAGUUAAUUUCCAAUUAGGUGAACAUUACUUUUCAAGCGUUUCAAAUAAUUAACUAAACAGUCAGUAUCAAAGUACAAAUAAAUACAUUAAAAGCAGUAAACGUUGUCCUCUUUUUCUUGCAAAUAUUAAGUAGCCUUGUUCUCCUUUUAAAAUGUUAACAUAUUAAGAAAAAAUAUAUAUGUUUUGUAAUUUCAGUGGUGCACACUCACUGUAUUCAUAAAAAACUUUAUAUAAAAGUGUUUUAAUUAUACAUGGUGCGGGUCACCCAUCUUGUUGAAAUAAGCUAUCCUCACGCUCAUUGGCUGUAGACACGCUGGUGGUGUAGUGUUUGGUGACGCAAAAGCGAAAUUUAGACAAUGGAUCACGGGAAAUUCAGUACGUUACCUGUAAAUAACGACCGAGGCUAGAAAGACCCACAAGAACAAAAAACGAACGCAAACGUAGGUACUGUGCACACAGAGUAGAAUUAAUUUAUGGACAGGUAAGGGAAUUAAUUAUUGCGUGGACCGCUUUUUAAUUUAAUUUACAACUAAGAGACGAUCGCACUGAAGUAGGUCGAUAGAUGGCAGUGCAGCCUCUAAAAACAUUGCGCUAUCUUACGGUAACAGUUACUUAAAAUAUGCAAGCAGCAAGCGAUGCUAACGCUAACUAAAGAACAUGUUUUUUUUUGUUUUUUUUGUCUAGAUUAAUAUGAGAUAUAAAUGACUGUUUAUAUAAUACAGCUGCACAUGAACGAUCAAUUGCACCAAUUACUGAUAUUGCAGUAAAACUGGUAUUAAAAUCUGUUUAUGUUUUUACAAAGUGAAAGACGGGUAACUUAGUCAUUAAUUAAUCGACAGCAGGCCACAGUUUCUAUUGAUAGAGCUUAGGCUGUAUUUAACCUAGAAAUCUAUAGUUCAAAUAUAAUUGUUUUACCAUUUCUGAGAAUAAAAUAUCUUGUCUAUCUCAGUAUUCUUUUCUGGUGUGCCUUGCUGUUUCCUUUGCUCAGGGUCUGCGCCAAACUCGCGCAGCUCUACUCAAAUGAAUUCGUACUCGGAUAGUGGAUACCAGGAGGUGAGUGGUUACUAUAGUAACACCGUGACGCCCAGACGAUCGGAAGGGAGGUCCCAGUCGACAAGCUCCGCCCCCACUGGAAGCCCCACCCUCGCCAUGAGUUCUAGGGCUGAAGGACAGGCCUCAGCACAGGUGGGCAGCAGUGUCCGUGUCAUGAGGCGAGUCAGUUCUGUUCCCUCUCGUGCCCCAUCCCCACUCUACACCUCAUCCCCGCCUGCGUCUCGCCAGCCUCUGCGAACUUCCCUCGGAAGCCCCUAUGGCUCACCUAUAGUCUCAGAGCCCCGUCCUUUACCUAGUAUAUUUCCUGGCACCACCUUGCCUCCGGCCUCUAGCCAUGCUCCCGAGCCAGUGCACUCCAGCUACUUGGGACGGCAUGGAAAUGGGACGGGGUCGGAAUCUGGAUCACCAACGCUCCUGCGGGCCGGUAUGACUGCUCAGCCUCAGCAGUACGGGACCCUGGGGAAGCACGAUACACAUGGAUAUGACAGCACUCACACUUCCUUUGGGUCUCGGGCCUAUGACAUCUUUGAGAGGAUGGUCCUUUCAAGACCGGAUAGCCUUACAGGCUUGCAAACCUCUUAUAGUCAGAACAGCCAGCUGGGCCAAGACGCCCGCUCCCCUGACUGCCACGUCACGCCAAUCUAUGAAGACAGAACCUUCCAGAACCCUCUGUACCAGAGCCCCACGCACGGCUCCCAGAGCGCUAGCUCCAGAAACAAUACAGGGUUUGGUACUUUACAAAGGACCACUAGUCAGUGUAGCACUCUGAGGUACCAGCGAGGGUUGUUCUCAAUGGGCUCCAUGGCAACACAUUCUGACACCUAUCGUCCUGCGCAUUACCGCCAGUCCGACCCAAACUACACCAGACAUGCAGCUGCCGUCGACAACGCCGUCACACGCUCGCCUUCCAUAGACAGUGUUCACAAAGAUCCCAGGGAGUUUGCCUGGAGAGACCCUGAGCUGCCAGAGGUAAUCCGAAUGCUGCAGCAUCACUUCCCUUCAGUCCAGGCCAAUGCUGCAGCGUAUAUACAGCACCUCUGCUACGGAGACAACCGCAUAAAGGCAGAGGUGUGUCGACUGGGGGGGAUCCGACACCUGGUGGAUCUGCUUGACCACAAAACCCUGGAAGUACAGCGGAAUGCUUGCGGAGCUCUGCGGAACCUAGUGUACGGAAAAGCCACCGACGAUAAUAAAGUGUGUGUGAGGAAUUCCGGUGGAAUCCCAGCUUUGGUUCGUCUGUUGAGAAAAACUCCAGACACUGAAGUGCGAGAGCUCGUAACCGGAGUGUUGUGGAACCUGUCGUCAUGUGACUCUGUGAAGAUGACGAUUGCUCGGGACGCUCUCGGACCACUUACUAACACGGUCAUUAUCCCUCACUCCGGCUGGGGUGCGGCCCCUCAGCGAGAGGACCAGAAACUCAAACUGCACUCGUCUUUGGUCCUGAGGAACACCACCGGCUGCCUCAGGAACCUGAGCUCAGCUGGAGAAGAGGCCAGAAGGCAGAUGCGGUGCUGUGAAGGGCUGAUAGAUUCCCUUCUCUAUAUAAUCAAAACCUGUGUAAACACCUCUGAUUAUGACAGCAAGAUUGUGGAAAACUGUGUGUGUACUUUGAGGAACCUGUCAUACCGUCUUGAGCUGGAGAUGCCUCCGUCUCGGCUGAUGGGAACCCAGGAUCUGGACACGCUCCUGGGCCCUGACUCCUCCAGUAAACAGGCCGACUACAGCUGCUGGGGGCUCAGAAAGAAGAAGAAGAAGAGGUCCUGGCAGGAUCAGCAGUGGGAUGGUGUGGGGUCUAUUCCAGGAUUUUCUGGAAGUCCAAAGGGGGCAGAGAUGCUGUGGCAUCCAUCUGUGGUUAAACCUUACCUCACUCUGCUGGCGGAGAGCUCAAACCCAGCCACGCUGGAAGGGGCGGCUGGGUCUCUGCAGAAUCUCUCCGCCGGAACCUGGAGGUUUGCGGCCUACAUCCGUGCUGCUGUACGCAAAGAGAAGGGUUUGCCCAUACUGGUGGAGCUACUAAGAAUGGAUAAUGACAGGGUGGUCUGCUCUGUGGCCACUGCUCUACGGAACAUGGCUCUGGACGCCAGGAACAAGGAGCUCAUUGGAAAAUACGCCAUGCGGGACCUAGUGACCCGUCUCCCUGGCAAUGGGCCGUCCCUGCUGUCAGAUGAGACGGUGGCGGCGGUCUGCUGCGCGUUGCACGAGGUCACCAGCAGGAAUAUGGAGAACGCCCGUGCUCUCGCCCAGACGGGCGGCAUCGACAAACUGGUUACAAUCAGCAGAGGACGUGGGGAGAGGUACUCCAUGAAGGUGGUCAAGGCAGCAGCUCAGGUGCUCAACACUCUGUGGCAGUACAGAGAUCUGCGUACCUUCUACAAAAAGGAUGGAUGGAACCAGAACCACUUCAUCACCCCAGUGUCAACACUGGAACGAGACCGCUACCGUUCCCAGCCUACUCUGCCAACCAGCAACGUGCAGAUGUCACCUGUCAUCCAAUCAGGAGGUAGUGCCACCUCUUCCCCUGCAAUGUUGGGUAUAAGAGGUCAUCGCUUAAAUCAGCGGAGGACCCAGUCGUCUAUGCAACUUCAUAAUUAUUAUGGAGACGCCAACAGAAACACAAGUCAGUAUACAGGGUCUGGAAAGCAGUCUGCCUAUUUUAUCAGUUCCUAUCCGUCUCCUUCAACCGAGGAGUCCCGCAGAUCACAGCAUGGCCGGCUCUACUACCCAGAUGAGGGAAAUCAAAGCACCUAUGACACUUUUGGAAUGUACCUGUCGUCUCCGAUGGGCUACGAGGAUCCGUAUCUGGAUGAGCCGGUUCGUUAUCCUGUGGUGAGCGAGAGGCAGGUGCUCAAACCCAAUACCAACUACGUGGACUUCUACUCCACCACACGCAGGCCUUCAUACAGAACUCAGCCCUACCCGGCCUCACCUGACUCAUGGGUGUAG